CUGAAUCACAAAGCUUACAGAGAUGCAUUCAAGAAAAUGAAAUCUCCAAAAAUCCCCUUCAUGCCCUUACUUCUGAAAGAUGUAACAUUCAUCCACGAAGGAAAUAAAACUUUUCUGGAUAACCUUGUUAAUUUUGAAAAGCUGCACAUGAUUGCAGAUACUGUUCGAUCAUUGAGACAUUGCAGAAAUAACCAGUUUGGCAAUGAAGUUCCUUCGAAAGAGCAUCAUGAGCUGAAGCCAUACGUCCAUCAUCUGCAUGUCAUCGACAACCAGCAAGCUCUGUUUGAGCUUUCUCACAGGAUAGAGCCGCGAGUGUGAGCGUCCGCAGCUUCGUAUAACCUUGUAACUCCAGCACUUUGAAUUAAGUGAAUGUUUUUGCCAAGCAUGUUGCUUCCCUAUAUAAGAACAGUUUACUGAGUUUUAUCAGUAACUCACACAACGUGCACAGGAAAAUCAGGCAAGAGCCAGCAAAGGAGCUGCUCACAGAGUUGCAGGGCAAGCUUGGUGCCAUCUCCACUGGUCAGCGGGACAUGAGGGAGUGGAGCAGCGUUCUUUGAGCUCAGGAGCUUGGUUUCUGUGAAAAUAUUGUUUGGUCCAGUGUAGCUUUCAAUGCAGAUUCUGCCAGUAUUAGAAUGAGAGGAAUCGUCGUGUCACAGCAGCAAAACAUUUCAGCAAGCAACAUGCUGCAAAGGGAUGGAUUCUCAGUUCCCCACGAUAUGUACCUCACUAAUUCAAGGCUGCCAAAGUAUUGUUGCCAAAAAAUACUGUGCAAUACGUGCAGCUCCCCUGAGUCCACUGGAGCAUCUUAUUUAAGUGCUAACAACCAAGAAUGGGAAUAUAAAAAAACUGUGCACCAGCUGAAACUCAAGAGUGUAUCAUGUUGUGGAGAUCGGCAGUAAACUGUUAUGGCCCCUUAAGAAUCUACUUUAUAAAACACACUGUAAGAGCCAAUCCACUUUUGUUGCAAUUUAUGGACAUGAUU